CGGGCGGCGCGGGGCGGCGCGGAGCGAUGGUGGCGCGGGGGCUGCGCGCGCUGCGCGGGGCGCUGCGGGGAGCGGCGGGGAGCGGCGGGAGGCGGCUCAGCACGCGGCCUGCCCGCGUCCCUGCGGCGGACUAUCAGGAUGCCAUCCGCACGUUGAACACGCUGCAGACAAAUGCCAGUUACCUGGAGCAGGUGAAGCGGGAACGCGGAGACCCCCGGGCCCAGCUGGAGGCCAUGCGGGGCUUUUUGGAGAGGAGCGGGCUGCAGGUCGAGGACCUGGAUCGCCUGAACAUCAUCCACGUCACGGGGACGAAGGGCAAGGGCUCAGCCUGUGCCUUCACCGAGCGCAUCCUGCGUGGCUAUGGGCUGCGGACUGGCUUCUACAGCUCCCCCCACUUGGUGCAGGUGCGCGAGCGGAUCCGUAUCAAUGGGCAGCCGCUGAGCAAGGAGCUGUUCAGCAAGUACUUCUGGCUGGUGUACCGCCGGCUGUGGGACACUAAGGACGAGGCGCAGGCCAACAUGCCGGCGUAUUUCCGCUUCCUCACCAUCAUGGCCUUCCAUGUCUUCCUGCAGGAGAAGGUGGACCUGGCGGUGGUGGAGGUGGGCAUCGGUGGUGCCUUCGACUGCACCAACAUCAUCAGGACACCAGUGGUGUGCGGCGUCUCCUCGUUGGGCAUCGACCACACCAGCAUCCUGGGGGACACUGUGGAGAAAAUCGCUUGGCAGAAAGGUGGCAUUUUUAAGCCUGGUGUGCCAGCGUUCACAGUGCAGCAGCCCGAGCAACCGCUGGAAGUGCUCCGGGACCGAGCGCGGGAGUGUGGGUGCCCGCUGUACCUCUGCCCUGAACUGGAUGCCUUUGAGGCGGGGACGCGGGUGCUGGAGCUGGGGCUGGCGGGGAGCCACCAGCGCUCCAAUGCUGCUCUGGCUCUGCAGCUCUCACGGACGUGGCUGCAGCGGCGCGGUUAUGAGGCAGGUACCGAUGUGCUGCAGGACGUGCUGCCCGGAGCAGAGCUGUCGGCACAGCGCUCGGUGCCACUGGCACCCACGUUUUGCCCCAGUGAUGCCAUGAUCCAAGGACUGCGGGACACAGAGUGGCUGGGCCGUACCCAGGUGCUGCCGCACGGCCCUGUGACGUGGUACAUCGAUGGGGCUCACACCACCAGCAGCAUCCAAGCCUGCGUACGCUGGUUUCGCCAGGCAGCCCUCAAUGAGGACAAACCCCAGGAUGGCUCUGAGGUGCGGGUGCUGCUCUUCAAUGCUACGGGGGACCGGGACACAGCUGCACUACUGAAGCUACUGCUGCCCUGCCACUUUGACUACGCCGUUUUCUGCCCCAACUUCACAGAGGUGUCAGUGGCUACUAGUGCAGACCAACAAAACUUCAACGUGACACUGGAGAAUGCCCUCACACGCUGUGUGGAGAACCAGAAGACGUGGACGCGGCUGAUGGAGGAGAAGGGGGGCCCCUGGCUGCCAGCCCCCCUGGAGGUGGGGGGGCUGCUGCAACCGGACCCCCUGCGUGAAGCCCUGCUCCUGGUGCCCCCGGCCGAGCGGCCGCUCAAUUCCACCUCCCUCGUCUUCCCCUGCAUCUCCCACGCGCUGCAGUGGAUCGCGCAGGGCCGGGAUCCCCACCUGCCCAUCCCUGCCUCCAAGGUGGGGGCUCACCCGCACCCUGUGGCCACCAGCGGGGCCGUUCUGCUGCAGGAGGCGGCCACCAUCCGCGUCCUUGUCACUGGCAGCUUGCACCUGGUUGGGGGGGUCCUCAAGCUGCUGGACCCCAUGCUGUCCCAGUAG